AUGCAGUUUACUAUUUUUGUCCUCUUCACAGCCUUGACCGCGAGUUUCCAUGUAUCAGCUGAUAAAUUGGACUUGAAGCCUUUGGUAUCUGCCCUUUUGGGAAAACAACCUGAAGGUGACAAACCCGAAGUAUCAUCUGGCUGCCCCCUUGGUCCUCUUCCUGACACCGUAUUACUCCACAAGACGUACAAGAUUGUUGACUACUACUUCACCUGGGUCAAACCAGUUCAUAAUAAGGUAACUGAAGUUGUCUGUGGAUCCUACGUGGUAUGGAAAGGAGACGAUUCUGAAGUUCUUCUUGACUUACACUUUGUAGGCACACCAACUUCAGAUAAGAAGUUCGUACACCUGGAAUACGCCCACCGCAUGGGAGUUGUAUCUGACUCUUUCCUUGUAUUUGAUAGGUUUGGCACUCCUAAGCCACUUGACAUGGUUAAAUUUGUUCUUGCUGUUCUUGAGAUGGUUCCAGGCUUCAACUUAGUUAAAGGUCUUCCAGGAGAUAAGCUGACAUACGCACUAGUACGUCAAGCUUUCAAAGUUGAAGAAGACAGAACCAAUGCCAAUCUUAGAGCAAGACUUAGAUAUGCCAUAGAUGCUGAGGCUCUUGCAACUAGACAAGCCAAAUCUAAAGUUGAAGAAGCUCAAGCAAAACUCUCGAAACUUGAAGGAAAACUUGAGGAUGCUAGAGAUUCUGAAGCUCUUUCAGCUAGACAAGCCAAAUCUAAAGUUGAAGAAGCUCAAGCAAAACUCUCGAAACUUGAAGGAAAACUUGAGGAUGCUAGAGAUUCUGAAGCUCUUUCAGCUAGACAAGUCAAAUCUAAAGCUGAAGAAGCUCAAGCAAAACUCUCGAAACUUGAAGGAAAACUUGAGGAUGCUAGAGAUGCUGAAGCUCUUUCAGCUAGAGAAGCCAGAACUAAAGCUGCAGAAGCUAAAUCCGCAAUGGCUAAAGUUGCUGAAACUCAAGAACAACUCACGAAACUUGAAGAGAAACUUGAACAUGCUAGAGAUUCUGAAGCUCUUUCAGCUAGACAAGUCAAAUCUAAAACUACUUCCGCAGAUCUUAUUCUUGACCGAAAAUAUGCAACCCUUGAGGCAAAAAUUGACGCCCUUACUGCUGCUAUUGCUACUCUUACUACUCCUGCUCCUACUGAUUCUGCUAAUGGUUCUUCCUAA